CCCGACCCCCCCCAACUCGGACCAGACCCAUUGACCACCCCCAACCCCAAAAAAGCCCCAACCCCGGAUUCAAAGGCAUCAACUCUCUCAACUAGGCAAUUCAAAAAGAUCUACUCUGCGACUUUCUAGUCCCGAGACUCUGUUCCCCGGCUGCACUGUUCCCUCCAACUGUUUCCAAGUAAUUUAUAACGUUUGUCAGCUUGAAUCAUGGUACUCUAGUCUAAUCGCUGCCGCUAGAGACAUGGAGAAGGACCAGUACCAAAUAAUAUAUGGAAAAGUCAGCGAGACAUCGAUAAUAUCUGCGAAAGAGAGGAGAAACGAAAUACACGAACCCCGCCACAUAUAAUCCCACUCAUCUGGCGUGAGACUGGCAUGCACACACCAUCCCACACCCACCAUCCGUCUCGCGACUGACCGAAACACCACCAACCCUCCCACGUCGCCACGCGCACGACGCAAAACCCACCACCACCACCACCACCAUGUCCGCCAACACCAACCCGCACACCUACUCCAUGCACGCCUCCGCGCACCUGAAUCACGACCCGCCGCCCCAGAUCUUCGGCUCCUACGCCGCGGACGGCUCGCCGAUCCUCACAGGCCUCGAGGGCAUGGGGCUCACCUCCGGGAUGUUCGGCGACGCAGGCACGCUGCUCGACGACAGCAACGAGGCGAAGCGCCGGCGCAUCGCGCGCGCGUGCGACAUGUGUCGGAAGAAGAAGAUUAAGUGCGAUGGCCAGAUGCCCGCGUGCAGCCAUUGCACGAACUACAAGACCGAGUGCGUGUUUACUCAGGUGGAGAAGAAGAGGAGCCCGCCGAAGGGGGCGAAGUAUAUUGAGGGGUUGGAGAAUAGGUUAGGGAGGAUGGAGAAUCUACUGAGGUUGUCGGGGCUGCUGAAUGGGGAGGAUGGGGGGAGUACGGAUUUGGGGAUGUUGGAGAAGAGGUUGGCGAGUCGGGAGUCUUCGAAGAGAGAUGCGAGUCACUUCGCGGAUUCGAUCCCGACGUCGCCGUCGCAGGCGACGACGCUGAGGGGGACGCCGGGCGUGGAGGGCGAGUCCGAGAGCCCGAAUAGUGUGCUCACGCCGGGGACGCAGGGGGAUAGGGGGUCGGAGCGGAGGGUGGGGGAGAAGACGGCGGAGGAGGUGGAGGAGCUGUCGGAUUUGAUGUGCUCGCUCGUUACUAAUGAUCAGGGUGAGACGAGGUAUAUUGGGUCGUCGUCGGGGUUCUCGAUAUUCUCGCCCAAGGGGAUACAGUGGGUGAAUGAGAAGACGGGCGAUGAGUCGUUCCAGACUAUGAUUGCGGAGGCGACGGCCGACGACAAUAAAUGGGUGUACUGGAAGCCGGAGGUAUUUGGUGAUAUCUUCGAGAGGCGCAUAUACCUCCAGCUUCCGCAGAAGGCAGAGGCAUUGUCUCUCCUGAAGGACUUCUUUGAGAACUUCAACUGCAUGUUCCCUCUCUUCCACCAACCGACCUUCAUGCAUCUCGUCGAGCGACAGUAUUCUCGCGACCCAUACGACGGAUCGGGAUGGUGGGCGAGUUUGAAUAUCGCCCUCGCUAUCGCGCAUCGCCUGCGCGUUAUGAGCAAUCUGGUCCCGGAAGAGGAAGACCAGAAGGCGUGGGGUUACCUCAAGAACGCCAUGGCCGUGUACACCGAGCUAACGAUGCGCAACACCGAUCUUCUCAGCGUACAAGCCCUCCUCGGCAUGGCGCUAUUCAUGCAAGGCACACCCAACCCGCAGCCGUCGUUCCUUCUCGUCGCAUCCGCAAUCAGGCUAUCGCACAGCAUCGGGCUGCACAAGCGCGGCUCGGGCUUCAACCUCAACCCAAUCGAGAUUGAGCAGCGCAAGCGCGUCUUCUGGAUCGGUUAUAUGCUGGACAAGGACAUAUGCCUGCGCUUCGGACGGCCUCCAGUCCAGGAUGACGACGAUAUGAACGUGGAGCUUCCUAGUGCGGACCCGGAGGACAACAUCGGCAAUAUCCCGCUGGCGGGCGGUAAGGGCAAGGUCAACCUGUUCCGGCUGAUGUGCGAGUUCUCCACGAUCGUGAGCAAGGUGUACACCCAGCUGUACUCGACGCGCGCCUCGAAGCAGUCAGACGGCGAGCUACUCAACACCAUCGGCGAACUAGACCAGCAGCUCGAGGAGUGGAAGGACAGCAUCCCCAUCGACUUCCGCCCCGAACACGAGAUCAAGGCCUCGCAUACCCCGCUCAUCCUCCACGUUGUUGUGCUACACUUUGGAUACUACAACUGCCUCACCACCAUCCACCGCAUGUCCAUCCACCACGGCUACUGGACGAGCCGACUCUCCAACUUCGCCAUCCAGGGGCUGAACUCGCGGCCACUUAACCCGCGCGUCUUCUCAUCAGCAGCCCUCUGCGUAUCCUCCGCACGCGCCUCAAUCCACCUCGUCAAAUACGUCCCCCAAGGCGACUUCUCCUGCGUCUGGCUAAUCCUCUACUACCCCGUCUCCGCCCUCAUGACCCUCUUCGGCAACAUCCUCCAAAACCCCCAAGACCCCCGCGCCCGCUCCGACGUCCGGCUGAUGAACCUCGUCGUCAACUUCCUCUCCAUGCUCGCCGGCGAAGACGAAAACACGGGCGUCAAGCGCAUGCUCGGCGUCUGCACGGAAUUCGAGCGCAUCGCCCGCGUCGUCCUCGACAAAGCCGAUCGCGACACCACCACGCGUCGCAAGCGCAAGGAACUCAACGAGGUCCUGCCCAGUAUCAGCAUAAGCAGACCGCCGAUUGAGAGACCCACGCCGAGCAGAGCGGGACAGACGCCGCCGCAGUUCCAGUAUGGGGAUAUGAAUGCAUACAACUCUGGGGAUGGAAGGGGGGGGGUGCCGGCGCUGGAUCUGAGUUGGAUGUCCGACGCGGGUUUCCACGACAUCGCGACGGAUUUCGAACACCUCUCCAACGCUGCCACAGCAGCUGCUGCUGCGAAUGGCGGCGGCGGGGGACCGGGCGUGGGACUGCUGUUCCCGGAUAUGAGUCGUUAUUUGAGCGGUGCGGAUCCGCAUUCGCCGAUUAAUCCGCAGAGCUUCCAGCAGCCGUUUGUGCCGCCGGAUUUGUGGAAUAUGCCGAUGAUGUUGGAGUGGGAUUGGGCGGAUUUGAUGGGGGGAGGAGUGGGGAUGGGUGAUGGUAGUGGGGCUGGGGGUGGGGGUGGGGGUGGGGGUGGGGGUGUGGGGAGGUGA